CCAACUGUCCUGGGAGGCAUCACAAGGUAACACGUCAGGAAUGUGGUGUGGUGGUUGACACGACGUUAUCGUCAAGGAAACAAGAGGAGUGUUACACAUGAAUGGAUACAUCGAUCUACGUUUACUGUCAUGCAUGCAGCCGGGCCUCUAGCCUGUGCUUUGUACACCCCGAGCUCCUGAGCCAGUGUGUUUCCAGUAGGUGGAGGCUCUUCCUCCUUUUAGCCUCUGUUUCUCCCCACUGACCUCAUCCACCCAAGAAUUCCCUAUGCUAACUCUCUUGAGCAUGUUUUACUAUAUCUGUCUGCGGCGGCGCUCCAGGAGUGGGACUCGAGGUGAGGCUCUGACCAGUCGGCGCGCUGUGGAGUCCGGCCAACGUGCUGUGUUGCCGGUCAGUGUUGAGGUGGAGCAAUAUGCUAAGGAGGUUCUUGACUUCAGCUCCCACUAUGGCAGUGAGAAUAGCAUGUCCUACACCAUGUGGAACCUGGCUGGGGUACCAAAUGUCUACCCCAGCUCCGGGGACUUCACUCAGACGGCUGUAUUCAGGGCUUAUGGGAAGUGGUGGGAACAGUGUGCCAGUGCCCCACCACCUUUCAGACGUACCCCUAAAGGCUUUUACAGCCUGGACUACAUUGAGCUGGGCUUCGAAGAGCCAGUCUACCCAACAGCAGUGGAGGUGCUUGAGACUUAUUACCCUGGAGCCAUUGUCCAGAUCCUAGCCUGCUCUCACAACCCCUUCUCCCAGAACCCACCCACUGAUGUCAGGUGGGAGGUGUUAUGGUCAGGGGAGCCCACCAAGGUGCUGACACCCCAGGCUCGCCAGUUUGCCCCUAACAUCAAGCACAUUAACUUCCCCACCAACCUGCUGCGCCUGGAGGUCAACAGUUCCCUGCUGGACUAUUACACUGAGCUGGAUGCUGUUAUCCUGCGGGGGGUGAAAGAGAGGCCCAUGCUGGCCCUCUAUAAGAUGCCUGUCAUCGACAUUAGUGACCUGAGUGACAGCGAGGAGGAGCUGUCUGAUGUAGGAGGGCCAUUCAGACAAGGAGAUGGCAAGCAUCAGAGGACAGGGAAUGGAUACUUUGACAAACUGCCAUACGAGCUCAUCCAGCUGAUACUGAGCCACCUGACCCUGCCAGACCUCUGCCGUCUGGCCCAGAGCUGUAAGCUGCUGCACCAGCACUGCUGCGACCCGCUGCAGUACACCCAGCUGAGUCUGCAGCCCUACUGGGGCCGGCUGAGUGACGCCUCCCUGGGACACCUGCAGAGUCGCUGCACCCUCCUCCAGAGACUCAACCUGUCCUGGACCGGCAACCGCGGAGCUCUAACCCUGACUGGCUUCAGCAGCUUCAUGAAGGCCUGUGGUCUCAGCCUGGUCUGCCUGGAGCUGUCAUGUUGCCACUUCCUGAAUGAGGCGUGUCUGGAGGUCAUCUCGCAGACUUGUCCUGGGCUUCAGGAGCUCAACCUUUCCUCCUGCGACCGCCUCAACCCACAAGCCUUCACACACAUCUCAAAACUCACACGCCUCCGAAGACUGGUGCUCUACAGGACCAAGAUAGAGCAAACAGCUAUUCUGAGUAUCCUGACUUUCUGCAUAGAGCUGAGACAUCUCAACCUAGGGAGCUGUGUGAGGAUUGAGGACUAUGACGUUGUGGCCAGUAUGCUGGCCGCUCGCUGUCGCUCUCUCUGCUCAGUGGACCUGUGGCGCUGCAGAAACCUGACCGACCGAGGCCUGGCUGAGCUUGUGUCUGGCUGCAGGAUGCUGGAGGAGUUGGACUUGGGUUGGUGUCCCACUCUGCAGAGCAGCACUGGAUGUUUCCAGCACCUCGCCCGCAGCCUUCCCCGCUUGCGCAAACUCUUCCUCACUGCAAACCGCACCGUCUGUGACUCAGACAUAGAGGAGCUGGCCGCCAACUGUCCAUCACUGCAGCACCUAGACAUACUUGGUACACGGUUAGUGAGUGCUGGCUCACUGAAGAAACUCCUCCAGGCUUGUCCAAAACUUCUCCUCCUGGACGUCUCCUUCUGCUCCCAGAUAGACAUGCGGGUCGUCCAAGAAAUCUCGGGACUCUUCCCAAAUGUGGCCAUCAAGAAGAGCUUCACUCAGUGAGAGGAAGGGAGAAGAGCAAUGUGCUCGCCAGCAAACACUGCCCAAAAGUGAAUAAGAGGCAGGUCAGAUGCUGAUGGAGAUCUCUGACCUGCCUUUCAUCUGUAUCACAGACAAGAUCUUCUUUUUAGCAGUUGCACUGGGGAGAAGGAUUAAGUGGAUUAAAAGAAACAAUUACAGACUCCAGCCCACAGGAUUAUAAAACACAAGACUUUAUGGUUGUUUUUUGGACACUUGACAUCAGGGUUGUUGCCGUAAAGCUGCUGCAUCCUAGAAUCUGAAUCACUUCUUAAGAAUUGCCAAGCAACAUGAGGCUAGAAAUAUGCCUUGGUACUGGUUGCAAAACACAAACGUCUAUGGCCACGUUUUUUUGUGAACAAUCCUCCGUUGAACAAGAAAUUGAUUUUAAAUAAGGUGAAAAAAAGGUUUCCCAGGAAACUGGGAAAGCCACUGCAGGAGUAGUAAGGCACAUAUUCAUGCUAACUGAUGACAUGAAGGUAAAAAUCACGACCUUCGACAGUGCCUUGUCAGAAUGUGCAUCAAUCAUGGACUGUUCAAAUGCAUGAGCGUCAUUCUGAAGGCAUCUGUCAACAACAGGUCAGCUUGAUUUCAUUGAAGAAAUUAAACAUGCUUCUGUUGUGUUUGAAGGUCAUUUGAGCUUUAAGGGUGAAAACAGCUUUAUUUCAUACAGUGUAAUGUGGAGGGUGUGAAGUCAGACCUGGAUGCGAGUAUCACAAGCUUAGUUGUGUUGCUGAUGAACUGAGUGUGGAAUCAAACACAGGACUGUCAUGUUUUAAAAGAAACACUUCAUCAACGGCCCUCGCGCCUGGGAUUCACAAAAUGUUUUCAUCAGAAAGCUUACAGAAUGUGAGAAAGAAAAAGCACACUGGAACAACGCUUGUUUUAUUGAACACGUGCUAAAAAUGCAGACAUAGAGAAAACAUCAAAGAUAUCAAACAACUGACUAACAAACACGUUCAAAGAAAAGCACUGAGAAGCAACACAAUUUAACAGUCCAAAAAAGCAAAAAUAUAUGAUUUAGAAUGACCUGAGGAAAGAAGAGAAUCCUGAUAUUUAAGUAGGGCGAACUAGCAAACCUGAAGCUGUAAGUCAAAAAAGCCAAAGUUUUAUGUUGAACGUUUGUAAUGAUUUAUAAUGUCUUGAUGGCACAAUUCAGAGAGGAAAGAAUUACCACACUACUGUGCUCCUUUCUACGUUUCACCACAUUCAGCCUACAGAUUGAUUGAAUAUUAUGUACAUGUUUGUAAAGCACUUCCUGUUAGAGGUAUUCAAGCAUGGUGCAUAACAUAAUGGGAUGAAGUGAGGCUUAUGUUGGAUUGAAUCUGAUGGGAACGUCUGCGACGAGGUCUGACGUGCCCGAUCAAGGCGAGUAUUUAUUUAAUUGAAAAUGAAACAUGGUUACAUUUUAUGUUAGACUUUUCAACAAGCUGCCCCCUUUGAAGUUUGUUUAUAUGUAAGGUAAAAACUUGGGUCAGGUAUUAAAUUGAGCCAGGCCACAGUACAUGGUAUUACAUCAUGUAAGUUUUUUUUUCUGUGAUAAGUUUCUUCUGGUAAUCCUUUCAGUUACAAACUCUUUUGUCAACUUUAUUUGAAAGGGUAACUAGUGAAUUGGCUCUGCAGCUAAAUAUCUCAGUUGCACCAUGGUUUCAUAAUUCUGCAUGCUUUUCCUGUUUUCAUCCACACUGCGCUACUUGUCUGUCAGUUAUUUUUUUUUGAAAGAUUUAUUUUUGGGCUUUUUAUGCCUUCAUUGGAGAGAUAGGACAGGGGAUAGAGUU